AAGAUUCUUCCCACUUGGAAAGAGGCUUUUCCUCGUCGGACUUGUGGUGGCGGAGCUUCCAGAGGAGUCAAUCUGAGCAGGAGGAACAGCUGCUCCUUCAGUCAUCAUCAGGGCGCCGAGAAGACUGAUUGAUGACCUGUUGACCUCUGCGGGUCAAACAUGAAGCUGGGGCUGUCUGUGGCCGCCGCCGCCGCCGCCUUCCUGGCGGUGCUGCUUUCCUCCGUAGAUGCUCAAGUUGAACCACCUGCAGACUUGAAAUUUAAAAUUAUAAAUGAGAACACAGUUGAAAUGUCGUGGACGCCACCAUUGACAAGAAUACAGGGCUACAGAGUACAAGUCUCAUCAUUCACAGAUGAACCAACACGAGAGUUUAGCUUUGACCCCUACACCACUACGACUUUAAUCACUGAUCUCACUCAAGACGUUGACUAUUCAGUGUCCAUAAACUCCUUCUAUGGCUCAGAGGAGAGCAUCCCCAUAACUGGACAGCUGACACUCCAGUCCAGUAACACCACCGAGCGAGUCCAGAGGCCGCAGUCAGACGCAAUCAAGUGUUCCGUCAGCGCCAUCACGGACUUAGUUUUCCUGGUGGACGGCUCUUGGAGCGUCGGCAGAGAGAAUUUUAAGCACAUCCGUAGUUUCAUUGGUGCCUUGGCCGGGGCCUUUGACAUUGGUGAGGACAAAACCCGGGUGGCUGUGGUUCAGUACAGUACAGACACCCGCACCGAGUUCCCGCUGACCCGCUACACCAAGAGAGGCGAGCUGCUCCAAGCCAUCAGCUCACUGCCGUACAAGGGAGGAAACACGAUGACGGGUGAAGCCAUAGAGUACCUGGUGCAAAACAUCUUUACGGAGGCAGCUGGAUCCAGGAAAGCUUUUCCAAAGGUAGCCAUGAUCAUCACUGACGGAAAAUCCCAGGACCCAGUGGAGGAGCAUGCUAAAAGGCUUCGGAACAUUGGAGUGGAAAUAUUUGUCUUAGGCAUCAAAGGAGCAGACGAGGACGAGCUUCGUGAGAUGGCGUCCACUCCUCACAGCAAACACGUGUACAAUGUACCAAACUUCGACAUGAUCCAAGAGGUGCAGAAAAAGAUCAUCACAGAAGUGUGCUCCGGCGUCGAUGAGCAGCUCAGCGUUUUGGUCAGCGGAGAAGAACUGGUGGAGCCGGCCUCAAACCUUCAGGUCACAGAAGUUGCAUCUAAAUCCAUGAAAGUGAUGUGGGACGCCUCCCCAGGUGAUGUCACGGGCUACAAGCUCACCCUCAUCCCCAUGUUACCUGGAAUGAAACGCCAAGAGCUGUACAUUGGAUCCACUCAGACAUCCAUCAAUGUCCGGGAUCUUUCCCCCGAGACUGAGUACGAGAUCGCCCUUUAUGCCCUCAAAGGUCUGACUCCCAGCGAACCCAUCAUGGCCAUGGAGAAAACACAACCUGUCAAAGUGUCAACAGAGUGCUCUCUGGGAGUGGAUGUGCAGGCGGACGUAGUCCUACUGGUUGAUGGCUCAUACAGUAUCGGAUUACAAAACUUUGCCAAAGUCCGUGCCUUCUUGGAGGUUCUGGUCAAUUCUUUUGACAUCGCACCCAACAAAGUCCAAAUUAGCUUGGUCCAGUACAGUCGUGAUCCACACACUGAGUUUGCUCUCAACACCCACCAUGACAUCAAUGCUGUGGUCAAGGCUGUGCGUACUUUCCCGUACCGUGGAGGUUCCACAAACACCGGCAAGGCCAUGAAGUACGUCAAGGACAAGAUCUUCAUUCCUUCUCGUGGAGCAAGACAAAAUGUCCCCCGUGUCAUGGUCCUGAUCACAGACGGGAAGUCGUCAGACUCCUUCAGGGAUGCAGCCACCAACCUGAGGAACAUUGAUGUGGAGAUCUUUGCUGUUGGUGUGAAAGAUGCGGUGAGAUCAGAGCUGGAGGCCAUUGCUAAUCCACCAGCGGAAAACCACGUCUUUGAGGUGGAGGACUUUGAUGCUUUCCAGAGGAUCUCCAAAGAGCUCACUCAGUCCAUCUGUCUGAGGAUUGAACAGGAGCUGCUCAACAUCAAAAAGAGGAGUUUGCUUCCACCAAGAGAUUUGGUGUUCUCUGAGAUUACCUCCAGAAGCUUCCGUGCCGCCUGGACAGCAGCUCUGGAUAACGUGAUGUCUUAUCUGGUACGUUUCCGCAAGGCUGAAGACAUCACUGGAGACUACAUUUCCUUGGCAGUGCCUGGUGACACCACCACAGCAGUUUUACCCCACCUUAGCCCUCUCACCACCUACGAGGUCAACGUCUUUGCUCAGUACGACAAAGGAGACAGUUUCCCUUUGACUGGUGAAGAAACCACUCUUGAAGAGCAAGGUACGGUACGAGAUCUACGGGUAACGGAGGAAACGACAAACAGUUUCAGAGUGUCCUGGCAAGCAGCUCCGGGUGCUGUUGUCAGGUAUCACCUGUCCUACGUCCCGCUGAGUGGAGUUGGAGAAACACUACAGGCUCAGACCAAUGGACCACAAACCACCAUCAUUCUCCAUGAACUUUUUCCUAUUACCACCUACCGCGUGUCGGUAUCUCCUGAGUAUGCCACAGGCAUGGGGGACGAGAUGCAGGUUGACGGGACCACCAAAGAAGUCCGCGGCUCUCCUCGUGACCUUCGUGUCUUUGAUGAAACCGUAUCAACAAUGAAGUUGUCCUGGCAGGCAGCACCAGGAAAUGUCAUUCAGUACCAUAUUGCCUAUAAACCUGCCGAGGGCGGAGACAGGCACGAGAUAUCCGUCAGGGGAGAUACUACCGAGGCUGUGCUGAAGAACCUCCAACCAGACACCGAGUACGAGCUGUUUGUUAGCGCUCGCUACUCCUCUGGUUUGGGUGAUCCUCUUCUGGGCACUGGAACCACCUUAGAAGAGCUUGGUUCUCCAAAAGACUUGGUGACCAAUGAUGUCACAGACACGAGUUUUGCUGUGCACUGGACUGCGGCGCCUGGUAAUGUCCGUCAAUACCGGGUCAGGUGGAAGUCUCUGUUCAGUGAUGAGACUGGAGAAAAGACCGUACCAGGAGACAUCACAACCACAGUUCUGGAGAGUCUGACCCCAGAGACCCGGUACCAGGUCUCUGUUUAUGCUGGGUACAGCCGUGGAGAAGGAGACCCAUUGGUUGGAGAGGAAACAACUGAUGUUUCAGCCGCUGGAAGAGCGAUUGUUGUCUCUGAGGAGACGGAGAAAAGCAUGAAGGUGUCAUGGCAGCCAGCGCCUGGAAACGUGGUCAACUACCGGGUGACGUACAAGCCGCAGUCUGGAGGGCGGCAGUUAGCGGCCAAAGUCCCCGGCGGCAACACAUCCACCGUGCUGAAGCGCCUCACUCCCCUCACCACCUACGACAUCACUGUGGUGCCAGUCUACCGUGAAGGGGAAGGCAAAGCAAGACAAGGAGAAGGAACAACACUGUCACCUUACAAAAGCCCGAGAAACCUACAGACCUCAGAACCUACCAAAACCAGUUUCCGUGUGACCUGGGACCAUGCUCCUGGUGACGUUAGGGGCUACAAGGUCACGUUCCACCCUGUGGGGGAAGACAUCGACCUGGGAGAACUUCAGGUUGGACCCUAUGACAACACCAUUGUGUUGGAGGAGCUCAGAGCUGGUACCAAGUACACAGUGAAUGUUUUUGGUAUGUUUGAUGGAGGAGAGAGCAUGCCAUUGGCCGGAGAGGAGAAAACUACAUUCUCAGAUGCACCUGAGCCACCGCCGUACCAAAUUCCAGAUGUGAUGUGUAGGACUAAGGCUAAGGCUGACAUCGUGGUUCUUGUGGAUGGAUCCUGGAGUAUCGGCCGUCUCAACUUCAAGACCAUUCGUGCCUUCAUCGCCCGUAUGGUCGGGGUCUUCGAGAUUGGCCCUGAUCGCGUCCAAAUUGGUCUUGCUCAGUACAGUGGAGACCCGAAGACUGAAUGGCACCUAAAUGCCCACAGCAACCGUGACUCUCUCCUGGAUGCUAUCGCAGCUAUGCCCUACAAAGGUGGAAACACUUUGACCGGUCUGGCUUUGAACUACAUCCUGCAAAACAAUUUCAAAGAGAAUGUUGGGAUGCGACCAAACGCUCGCAAGAUUGGCGUUUUGAUCACUGAUGGCAAGUCACAGGAUGAUGUUAUUUUCAACUCUCAGAGCCUGCGUGACAGCGGCAUUGAACUCUAUGCGAUCGGUGUGAAGAACGCUGAUGAGAGUGAGUUGAGAUCCAUUGCCUCAGACCCGGAUGACAUUCACAUGUACAACGUGGCCGACUUCUCCUUCUUGUUGGACAUUGUGGACAAGGUUACAGACAACCUCUGCAACAGCGUCAAAGGACCAGGCGCACCGGAUGCACCCACUAACCUUGUGACAUCAGAGGUCACCCAUCACUCCUUCCGAGCCUCCUGGACCGCCCCUGAUGGCCCUGUGGAGAAGUACCGCAUCACGUACAUGACUGCGUCAGGAUCGCCUGAACAGGUGUUUGUGGAUGGUACAGAGACCACCGUGGUUCUGCAGAACCUCGACCCUCUGACACAGUACUUGGUCAACGUCUACGCCAUGCUGGGAGAUGAUGCGAGCGAACCCAUAAAAGGAACUGAGAUGACACUGCCGCUGAGCGCCGUGAGAAGGAUGGACGUCUACGACGAGCAGACCACCACCAUGAGGGUGAGAUGGGAGGAAGCGGCGGGCGCCACGGGCUACAUGCUGCUCUACAGCGCCAUCAACGCCACCGAGCCCACCACAGAGCAGGAAAUGAGGGUGGGAAGUGACACCACGGACAUCCAGCUGAAGGGUUUAUUCCCUGACACGGCCUACAGCCUUUCUGUCUUCGCUCUGCAUGGAGAGUUGGCGAGUGAACCUCUGAUGGACCGGGGCGUCACAUUGCCGCUGCCACCUGCGGGUGAACUUCGAGUUCGUGACAUCACCCACAGCACCAUGAGGCUUAUCUGGGAUGCUGCUACUGGUCGUGUUCAAAAGUACCUCAUCACCUACACGCCCGAGGGUGGAGACACAAAAGAAGGACUUGAAGUCAGUGGAACAUGGACCACCAGACAGCUGGAUAAUCUCAUUUCACAGACUGAGUACAGCCUGGCUGUUACGCCCAUCUACGAUGAGGGACAGGGUCAGCCAAUGCUGGGAGACGCAGUCACUGAUGUGGUUCCUGCUCCAAAGAAUUGAGAUUCUCAGAAGUUUCCCAGACCGUUCAGAGCCACCUGGGAGCACGGAGCCCCAGACGUGGCUCUGUACCAGCAUACUGUCAAGCAGGGCGAAGCCGACUUCAAUUACGCCAUCUUGAACAAUGACGAGACCACUCACUUUCUGGAGAACCUGGAACCAGACACAUCUUACGAUGUGUCCGUGACUGCGAUUUACCCGGAUGAAUCGGAGAGCGAGGAUCUGCUCGGCACUGAGAGGACAUUACCCAGUGGACCUCCCACCAACCUGGUUGUGUUUAAUGAAACCACCACCAGUCUGAAUGCCAGGUGGAAUCCAGCUCCAGGUCGUGUGCAGAACUAUAAGAUCACUUACGUCCCGACGUCCGGAGGCAGGACUCACUCCACCCAGGUUGGAGGGAAGAAGACGACAGUUCUGCUUCCAAAGCUGACCCCAGACACUGAAUACGCCAUCAGUGUGGUGGCAGUCUACCCCCGCGGAGUCAGCAGGGAAUUGAACGGACUGGGCAAGACCAAGCCUUUGGGUGGUGUUAGGAACCUGCGUGUCACUGAUCCGACAACCAGCACUCUGAAUGUCAACUGGGAGCCCGCUGAGGGAAAUGUACGUCAGUACAGGAUCUUCUACAUCCCAGCAGCUGGAGGAAACGAAGAGAUGGUGCAAGUGUCUGGAAGCACCUACAACACCGUGCUGAAGAACCUGGACUCUGACAUGGACUACACCGUGAGCGUGCUUCCAGUCUACUCCAUCGGCGAGGGACAGCGAAUGUCUGAGAACGGCAAAACCCUGCCACGAAGCCCCGUCAGGAACAUCCAGGUUUUCAACCCGACCACCAACACUCUGAACGUUCGCUGGGAGCCGGCCACGGGCCCGGUCCAGCAGUACCGUGUGGUCUACGCCCCUCUGACCGGCAGCAGGCCCUCGGAGUCGAUUGUGGUACCAGGGACCACCACCACUGCCCUGCUGCAGCAGCUCCUUCCAGACACUCAGUACAAUGUUGGUGUGGUUCCCCUGUAUGCUGACGGAGAAGGACCCACCAUCAGUGAUGCUGGCAAAACACUUCCUCGCAGUGGUCCUAGGAACAUGCGUGUGUAUGAUCCCACCACCGGCACUCUGUCUGUGAGCUGGGAACAUGCUGAAGGUCCCGUCAUUCAAUACCACAUCACCUACAGCCAGACCAUAGGAGAUCCCAUCAAGGAAUACACUACAGUACCUGGGAACAGGAACAAUGUGAUCCUGCAGAACCUGGAUCCAGACACACCUUAUAACAUCAAAGUGACUGCGAUCUACGCCGAUGGACCAGGAGGAGAGCUAGACGGAGAUGGACGCACAGUCGGCAUGCUCGGCCCCAGGAACCUCCGUGUCUCUGAUGAGUGGUACACCCGCUUCAGGGUGUCCUGGGACCCCGCCCCCUCCAGGGUUAGUGGGUACAAACUGAUCUACCAGCCUGAAGGCUCUGAUGAGUCUUUUGAGGAGUUUGUUGGCGACGUGACCUCCCACCAACUGCAUAACCUGAAACCUGGAACGACCUAUGACGUCAAGGUUCUGGCCCAGUACAACAAUGGCCUGAGUGCUCCGCUGAUUGGACAAGGCACCACACUGUACCUGAAUGUAACAGACCUGAACACCUACGACGUCGGCCACGACAGGUUCUGCAUCCGCUGGGCUCCUCACCGAGCGGCCACCUCCUACAGACUCAGAGUCCAUCCUUUUGUCCCCUCGGUCAGAGGAGCUCAAGAGAUCACUGUCAGAGGCUCAGAAACUAGUCACUGCUUCGAUGGCUUGACCCCGGACAGCCUCUACAACGCCACCGUGUUCACCCAGACCCCCAACUUAGAGGGACCCGGAGUCAGCAUCAAGGAGAGGACACUGGUCAAGCCCACCGAGGCGCCAACUGAGCCUCCGACUCCGCCCCCUCCAGCAACAGUCCCUCCAGCUAUGGAGGUGUGUAAAGGUGCUAAGGCGGAUCUGGUCUUCCUUAUCGAUGGUUCCUGGAGUAUUGGAGACGAAAGCUUCAACAAGGUCAUCCAGUUUGUCAUCAGCAUGACCGGAGCGUUUGACGUCAUCAGCCCAGCAGGCAUGCAGGUGUCACUGGCGCAGUACAGCGAUGACGCCAAGACCGAGUUCAAGCUGAACACCUACCAUGACAAGGGCAUCGUGUUAUCGGCAAUACAGUCCGUCCGCUACAGAGGUGGAAACACCAAGACGGGUGUCGCUCUGAAGCACGUCUACGAGAGAGUCUUCACUUCGGACAGUGGCAUGAGGAGGAACGUCCCGAAGGUGCUGGUGGUCGUGACGGAUGGGCGCUCUCAGGAUGAUGUGAAGAAAAGUGCUGAAAAGCUGCAGCACGCCGGCUACAGUGUGUUUGUGGUCGGUGUGGCUGAUGUGGACAUGUCAGAGCUGAGGAUUAUCGGCAGCAAGCCCAGCGAGAGACACGUGUUUGUGGUUGACGACUACGACGCCUUUGCCAAGAUCCAAGACAACCUGAUCACCUUCAUCUGUGAAACCGCCACUUCCACUUGUCCUCUGAUCUACAUCAGUGGGUUCACCACACCUGGUUUCAGGAUGCUGGAGGCUUUCAACAUUACAGACCGGACGUUUGCUGCUAUGAACGGCGUGUCCAUGGAGCCGGGAUCCUUCAACAGCUACAUCGCCUACAGGCUGCACAAGGACUCCUUCCUCACGCAGCCCACCAAGGAGAUCCAUCCAGAGGGUCUUCCCCCAUCCUACACCAUCAUCCUGCUCUUCCGCCUCCUUCCCGACACAACGACUGAAGCCUUUGACAUCUGGCAGAUAGCAGACGGGAGCAACAACCCCGAGGUCGGGGUCACCCUCAAUCCUUCCAGCAAAACAAUCACUUUCUACAACAAGGACACACGGGGAGAGAUCCAGAGAGCCAUCUUUAAUGAAGCACAAGUCAAGUCGCUUUUCUACGGCAGCUUCCACAAGAUCCACAUUAGUGUUUCUCCAGAGAAAGUCAAACUCUCACUGGACUGCCAAGAGGUGGCAGAGAAGCCCAUCAAGGAGGCCAACAACAUCACACUGGAUGGCUAUGAAGUGCUUGGCAAGAUGGUCAAGUCUGGAGGUGGACGAAGGCAGUCGGCAACAUUCCAGCUCCAGAUGUUCGAUAUUGUUUGCAGCUUAAGUUGGAUUAGCCGAGACAGAUGCUGCGACCUUCCGGCCACAAGAGAUGAAGCCAAGUGCCCAUCUCUUCCUCACUCCUGCACGUGCACACAGGACAGCAUCGGCCCUCAGGGGCCUCCUGGACCUUCGGGCAGCCCGGGUACUAAGGGACCACGAGGAGACAGAGGAGAGCCUGGCCGAGCUGGUUCAGCCGGUCCACGUGGUGAGCCAGGACCCGCAGGCCCAAUGGGACCACCAGGUCCACAAGGCCCCAAUGGACUGUCUCUACCUGGAGAACCUGGUCGACCCGGACCAAAGGGAGAUGCUGGAGACCCGGGCCUGGCUGGUCGGCAAGGUCCUCCUGGACCUCGGGGUUCUCUUGGCCCUGUUGGACCAGGCGGCGUGCGGGGCCCACCAGGAAAGGAGGGACCAUCUGGACCCAGAGGCCCACCAGGGCCCAUGGGAAGCCCUGGUAAUCCAGGUGUCCCCGGAAUUACUGGAAAACCAGGAAAACCUGGAGAGCGAGGAAACCCGGGUCCUCUUGGCAUGAAAGGAGAGAAAGGGGAAAGGGGAGACUUUGCUUCACAAAAUAUGAUGCGCAGCAUCGCCAGACAAGUUUGUGAGCAGCUUGUGAACAGUCAAAUGAGCAGAGUUAACAUGUUGCUCAACCAGAUUCCCUCCGGCUACCGCAGCAACUCUCCUGGACCACCGGGUCCUCCUGGACCUCCUGGAAGUCCGGGAAACCGUGGAGAGCCUGGACAGGCUGGUCAGACUGGUUUCCCUGGAAAUCCAGGUUCACCUGGAAAUCAAGGAGAACGAGGUUUGCCAGGAGAGAAGGGAGAGAGAGGACCUCCAGGAACUGGGAUCAGAGGACAAAGAGGAGCAAAUGGACCACAAGGGCCACCAGGCGAGUCGAGAACAGGCCCACCGGGUCCUUCUGGUUCCGCUGGGCCACGUGGUCCUCCAGGUCGCCAGGGUUCUCCUGGGGUCAGGGGACCACCAGGACCCCCUGGCUACUGCGAUUCGUCUCAGUGUGUUGGCAUUCCUUACAAUGGACAAGGAUACACAGCACCCCGCUACCAGCCUGACCCUGCGGUGGUGCCUAUACCAGCGGAGCCAGCGGAAGAAUUUGAGACAAUACAGUCACCCGAUUACUCACGAAACCUGCGAGGAAAGAGGUCACUACCACGACACAAUACAAAGAGACUAGCAUCAGGAUGAAGCGGUUUUCAGAAAGAAAAAACUAAACAAAUAGUACUUGUGGGUUUGACACCCCUGGUUAUAUUGAAUUUAUAUAUAUUUUUGUCAACAUGAGAAAGUUUAGCGACGUGAUGAUGAAGUUAUGUGUUGGUUCUUUGCAAACCUGUGUGCUCGCUACAUGUCCCACUAAGUGUCUAACUGCAACUAAUCACGAUGUGACAAUCAGCCCAAAGUAUGUUACCGUACAUAUGUUUUCAGACACGUUCACACUGCUCAUGUUGUUUCAUACUUCAUCACCAAAAAAAAAAAAAAAAACCCUGACAAUUUUAUUCCCAAAGAUUUGUUGAUUCUGAUGUUUUUGUAAACCAAAUGAUAAUCUGAUUUUUGUAACAAACCAAAGUUCUCAAAUUGAAAUGUUUGUUACAUUUGUGUUUCAUUGUUAGUUUGCUUUUGCCAAAGGUGGAUUUGCAUGUUUGUGUUGUAUAUUUACUGAGGAUCUCUAAGGCGAAAUAUCAUUUGUUUGUGUGUUUGUAUGUUUCUUCAAUCAAUACCUUCAGUUGGGAUUUGGUUGUGAAACUUUGGCCAUAGAAUUGCUUUUCUCAUGUUGUAACUGCACAAUUUGUGAAUUCCACAGCCUUAUUUUCUUAUUUAUUUCUGAAACAGAAGAGGCAUUUUUCAAUAAAACUACUGAAAAUGUAA